UUUUUGACAUCAUAUUUAUUUUUUAGUUCCUAAUAAAUGUUUUCCAUCUUUGAUCACCCAUUAUUUUCCUUCUUUUAGAAGAUGGUCAUUUCUUUCCAAAUACAUGGUUUGCAUUUAUGCUAUACGUAGGUAUGCAAGGGCACGUAUCUCCCUCUAUAUAAACAACACCAGGAGAACCGAAUCGCAGCAACACAUUGCAUUGCCGCCCCGUAGAACAAGCGAAGAAGAAGAAGAAGAAGAAGAAGAAGAAAAAGAAGAAGAAGAAGAAGAAGACACCGGCGGUCAUGGCAGCUAUGAAGACGAGCAACACGAGGAUCAUCUGCUUGGCCGCCCUCGCCGUGACGGCCACCCUCCUCAUCUCCUCUGACGCACAACAGACAUGCAGCCCGUACCCAAACUGCUUCAGCAACGAGGGAGGAUUGGCGUGCGCCCACCUGUGCGCGGUGCUGAUCGGGCCUUCCGGCAAGGCCACCUGCCAAGGCCACAGGAAUGUGCCUGCCGACAACAAGUGCUGCUGCGCGCCGCCUGCCGGCGGCAGGAAGGAGCGGCUGCGGACGAGCGCGCCUCUUCGGGCCUCGGUUGUUGCGCCUGCUGGUGCCACAAACGCGAAGCUGCUCCAUGAUGAUACUAGAUCUACUUGUACUAGUAUUUUUGUUUCUUCUGAACUACUACCCGUUUUGGUAACCGCAAAAAAAAAAACAUUUUGGUGGUGACAGUGUCUCUAGCGAGAGAGAAUCAUAUGAGAAGAUGUGUGUGUGUGUUUUUUUUUUUUGCGGUUGAUAUGAGAAUAUGUGUUGUCUGGUGCUUAAAAUAUUGUGGUCGUGUUUUGCUUGAACGAAUGGUCUAGAAACUAUGAAAAAUUCAA